AUGGCUUCUAAUGAUGUAUCUUGGCUUUCUGAGGAAACUGAAAAGAAAAAUCAAGAAGAUCUAUUUCAAAGUUUUCUGUCAGAAGACGAGUCAAGACAUUGCUCCUUCUCCACUUCGUUUGCUAUAUAUAGAGAUACCUCCAUGGCUUCUUAUAAUUCAGAUGAUAAUAAAGAGAAUAACGAGGACACAGAGCAUGAAGAGAACACGAAUGAAGGAGACGCAUGCGAUUCAGAUUCCUAUUAUACCACUCACGAUGUUUCAAUGAUGAGCAUAUCCUCACCCGCAGAGCGGAAGAAGCCAUCAUCACGUACCUCAAAGGUUAUGUCUAAAAUUCCUGUAAAACAGAAGAAAAGUAUUUCCGGUGCUAAUAGCACGAAAAGUGGCUCCAUACUGUCUACUACUCAAUCUUCCAUUUUGGAUGAUGUUGUUGAAGAAGAUCAACGAAACCUACUGCUUGAGCUCUAUCCUGAAUUAGCUAACCAAAGCCAGUGCAGUGUGGUUGCGGUUGAUGAUGAUGAUGAGCCAUCAACAAAUGACUCUUUCCAACUAAAUAUUGAGUAUGUAGACCCUAAAAAAAACUCAACGCCUGAACUAAUUGAUUUAACCGCAGAUUCUUUUAAUCUCACUCCUAGUCCGGAGAAUAAACGGCCGGUUGCACGAAAAAAUAAAAAUAACUUUAACCAAUCUGAAAGAUUAAAUGCAUGCCGCGAUAGUAGCGACGAUGAUGACGAUCAGUUCAAUAAUUUCCUCCAAGCGCUUAGAAAGCCGGUAGUUCAUGAGGUUUCUGACAAAGAGGAAGACGCGGUAGAUAAUGAGAAUUUUGUUGUCAGUGAUGACGAAAUAAUUUAUACGACUGAUGGGUCUACCAGUUCUAAUGACUUCAUCGACGAUGAGGAUGAGGACGAAGAGGAAAUAGAGGACGAUGAAGAAGGGGUUAGCCGAGAUUCUUCUCCUAAAAGGAGUAGAAACAGUCCAGCUGAUGUUUUCUCCAAACAGUUCAAUACACCUUCCAUACGCGUAAAACUCAGUUCUCAGUAUGAUCACUUUCUGAAUUCUUUGUCUAUAAACUUUACCGGUAAACGUCAUCGAGAUGCUGAGAAGUACAUACAGAAAGGGAUCAAGAACCGAACGAUUAGAGAUGAAUUGACUGAAAAGUUGUUUUUAUUGUACAAAAAUUAUUGUUUCAAUGAUUUGCUUCCUAUGGAUUAUGAGCAUGUUACAUGGAAUGCACGACUCCGUAAAACUGCUGGUCUAUGUAAAAACAGUUUCCGUAAUCGGACAGCAACUAUUGAGUUGUCAACCAAAGUCUGCACUACGCCUGAAAGGCUAAGAGAUACUCUCGUUCAUGAGCUUUGUCAUGCAGCAACAUGGUUGAUUGAUGGAGUUCCCAAAGCUGGACAUGGGCCUGUUUGGAAAAGAUGGACUAACAAAUGUGUGCAAAAGUUUCCUUCUCUGCCAUCAAUAGAUCGAUGCCACACGUAUGAUAUUGAAGCUAAAUAUGUCUAUGUCUGCAAUGGAUGUGGUCAAAGAGUGAAAAGACAUUCCAAAUCUCUGGAUAUCACCAAGAAGAUUUGUGGAAGAUGUCGAGGUCACUUUGUGCUGAAUGUCGACAAUGAAAAGAAGAAGAGAGAACCGAGCAAGUUUGCUAAGUUUGUCAAAGAUAACUAUGGAAAACUUAAAAGCUCGGGAACGCCACAUAAAGAGAUAAUGGUGAAGCUGUCCGAGAUGUGGAAGACCCAACAGAUAGUUGAAGCAACAUCUUUGGAUAUUAGUGUGAUGUCAAUACAUGAAGAAUAA